GGAUGUGAUUCGCAUCAGGAGGCAAAUUUGAAACCUGUGAUAUUAUGAACGUCUAAAGAAAUGAUUUUAAUAUUUAAGAAUAAAGAAACAGGAAAUAAAAUACUAAAAUCCGUUAGCCGAAACAUAACCUAUCAUAUUAAGUAAUUGUCAAAAAAAAGCGUAGAAUCUUCUUGUUUGUCUUUAGAGUGCUGCAGUAUUGCUAAGAGCAAGACAACUGCAACACGAAAGAAAUGUGCUGGCAGAUGCACUUGUAUGCAAGCCAAAAAAAAGAAGUGGAAGUGGAAGUGUUUUUUUGUUUUUAUGAGGUUAUUUCGUUAAGAAAACGAAAAUAAUUUCUACUGUGAUAAGCUGUUAACUUACUAACAAUAAUGGAACAGGAUGAAAUUGAUCUUGAAGAUGGAGAAAUUUCCAAUGACUCAGAUUCGUAUACUCCCCUGGAACGACCCAGUGACUAUUCAAAAACUCAACCUUUACCAAGACUUCCACCACAUCUAGGCGUAGAAUCAGAAAGUGAAGAGGAAAUUAUUAUAUCCAAUGAUAGUGAUAGUGACUCUGACCCGAAUAUGAAAACCAAGAAAAAGCCUAAAGUAUCUCUAAGACCAAUACAACAGUUACGAACUAGAAAACCUAAGAAGUAUGAUAUAUGGAGCAGCAGGCUACAAGAAGAAACUUUAGCAGCUACUCUAGUUAACUGUGAUGUCGACAAAAGAGAUAGAUCGAGAGAUGUAGAAUCAUAUGAUUAUACUAUAGCUCAAAGAUACUACGAUGAUGAAGAAGAUGUAAAUAGGUUUAGUCAAAUCAAAGAAAGAACAAAUAAUAAAAGGACCAGAAGUGAUAGAGAUAACAUUAAUUUAAGACAUAUACAGAGAUCACCUAGUGAUGAUACAAGUAGAGGGGAGGCCAGAAUUAUACCUGACUUAACAGUUACAUUAAAUAAUGCAGCAGAAGAGAUUGCCAGUGAAAUUGCCUCUAAAUUGAAUGAAGAAAAACAGGAGUUAAUUUUAAGUGUCAUAAAUGUUAUGGGAAAACAAAAAGCCAUAGAAUUUUACGAGGAAACCCAAAAAGUUGAGGAAGAAGGUGGAAUGUUAAUUAUGAAUAAAACCCGUCGAAGAACACCAGGUGGUGUUUUCUUGUUCUUGGUAAGACAUGAUUACCAUAUUACGUUAGAUCAAAAAAAUAGAAUAUUUGGAGAAGAGCGACAACGGUUUAAGCAGUACACGAAGAAAAAACAAAAACAGAAAAAUUUGGAUCGGAAAAAAGCAAUUCAAGCUCAAAAUCCAAGAAUAUUACCGGAGCUUUUGACACGAGCAGAAGCGUUCUCGACUGCGAAUUCAACAAAGAAGAAUAAAGAAAGCUGUGAUCAAGACUUCGUCAAUCCCCCUCCUACUCCAGAGACUGAUCACUGCGACAACAGUAGAGACGGAAUGGAAGGCUCUACAUCACCCGUUAUUAACUCCAACGAUGCACUGGACACCGAAAGAGGAGGACUCAAUAGUUAUGACGAUGAUUUUCUAGAUCUUGGCUGUGCUGCAGAUAUGGAACUGUUUUAAAAAAACUGUGACGUGGGUAUUCGUAUUUAGCGUUUCGAAUUGAGGGUUGUUGCUUUAUUCUGAUCUAUGAAUCACUAAUUAAAAUACUAAUUUUUUCUAAAUGAUACUUCGUUUGGAAUGUAUUGAAUAUACCCGUUUAAUAAUACUAUUCGCUGUGUGCAAGUACUUGGAGGGGAUACAAGAAACUAUCGUGCGCGAGUAGCGGAGAAAUCUUGUAACUUUCUUAGCAUAUUUCUUAAACAAUUGAUAUUGUCAAUUGAAAUUGUCAUUUUGUCAUAUUUCAUACCUACUGUCAUCGAAGAAAGUGGGAUUUCGCAAAUGCUGUGUUAUAAAUUGUAAGAAUUCAACAAAAAUUGUCAAUUUAAGUUCUAUUCGUUUCCAACUUCUAAGCACAAAUUAAUACAAAGAGAAAAGUAGAUUUCCAUCAUAAUAAAGCAGAAGUAAGUAACUUUUUGUACUUUAGUCUUAAAUGAAUCCUAGUUAAAAUGUACUUUAAUUUGUCAUUAUGAAAUCAAGCAUUAUUGAGUUGAUAUGCAAUUAUUAAAGUGAAUUUAAUUAAUUGUAAUCUCUUUGUCAUAGGCACUUUUCAGUGCGUCACAGUUUUUGAUUUCUUUCUAACGCAUUAAGUUGGAAGUGGCAGAAAAAAACGUACUUCCGUGAUUACAGUCAUUUCUCAUAUUUAUUCUAGCUGUUGAUAGAUGGCGCUAUAAUCGAACAAAAAAUGAUUUAUGAAUUAUAUAUACGACUAUAAUCUGUACAAUUUAUAAGACUAUACAAAUCAAAGAAAAUACCAUUUUAUAAAUGCAAUAAACACAAUUGAUUUGUUUUUAUACCAAAUUGCAAACAAAAGGGUUAUACUGCAGUACCCUUUUCAUAUUUGGCUGAUUGCGAUUCUGAGAGCUGUCACUGUCAGAUUUAACUAAAAUGUCAUGUUAUAAAUGUGUAUUAUCACAGUUACCUUUUUUCUCUCACUUGUGACGCACUGAAAAAUGCCUGUGAAAGGGACCAUAUUUUACUUGUAAUACUGCAUUUAAAAUUUUUUUAUUUACUACAUACAAUGUUCAUAGAGUUAUAUGUUAGCAUAGAGAGAGUAUCAUUCAGAGCGAAGUGACGACACCAUCUCUUUUAUUUGGAUUAGUGCUCUUUCACUCUUACGCAUAGUAAAGCUGCGACAGUUGUCCUCCCCUUCCAUACCUAUACUCACACUUAAUGUCAUCUUAGUUUCUCGAUACAAUGUGUUAGAAAGAGAUGCCGCAAACCAAUCCAUGAGAUCUUGUAGGCAGGAAGCGCGGAAGGUAGGCUCACUCUAUGUUAAUAUAUACCUCUGACAAUGUUUACCCAUUGUUUACCUUUUAAUAACAUAACCUUAAUCUUACUUUUUCUUCUUAUUCUUUUUUGGGCUAUGGUCUUGACAAUUAUGCAGUAACCAGGACUCAUAUAAUUGGCCAAUAUAAUUAAAAGUACUAAACAUAUUGCUGAUUUAUGACACUAGGUGUCGCUCUUCCGAACUUGCACGGUCCCAAUAGGCGAACGGUUAUAGUUAUAGUUAUAACGGAAUAGGUCCCUUAUAACCAGAGCAUCAACCGAAUAUUUUUUUGUAUUUCUAAUGCACCAAAUAAACUUCAAAUACAACUGUUCUAUAAAUGGUUCUAUAAACUGUCAACUCUCUUCUUCUUCUUCUUGUAGUUUCAUGGCCUCCACCUCUUAGGUACUUGGCCAGUCCUCGUAUUUAGACUAACUGGAAGGGAAUCCUCUUUUCAAAGGGUCUGGAUUUUUCCAUAUUCCCUUCUUUAAAUUCAUUGUGAUAUGAUUUUCAAAUAACUAUUUUUAUUUUAUAUUUUAAUUUGAAAUAUUGUUAAAAAUUGAUUGAUCUUCCUUAAGGUUUGGUCAUUAAUAUUAUGUAGGAGAUUUUGUAUUGAAAUGGGGGUUGGACUUCCUAUAUUAACAAGUUCCUGAUAGAGGUCAAAUUGAUUUGUUUUGUUAAUUGGGCAUUCAAGUAACAUAUGAGUUAUACUUCCUAUUUGUCCACAUUCACAAAAAGGAGUAUCACUACAAUUAAUUUUAAACAAAUGGUCUGGUGUGUGACAAUGGCCCGUUCGCAUUCUAAUAAUUGAUGUCAAGUGCCUUCGAUCCACAAAUGUGAAUUUGUGGAACCAAGGGUUUAUAGAAAAAUCACUUUGGCAUUGUUGAUACCAUUUCCCUUUAGUUUUAAACUGCUUUGUCCAUUCAACUUUAAACUCAUUUACAAUUUUUUGUUUAAUAAAAGGCAAAAAGUCAAAUUUAUCUAUUUUAAUGUCUGCAGGAACAUUUAAAGUCUUCCCUAUAUUUGCCAAUUUAUCAGCCUCUGUAUUCCACUUUACUCCAGUAUGGCCUGGAAUCCAAGCUAAGAUUAUAUUAAAUCCUGCUUCCAUUGACUCAAUAAUGAGUCUUUUAGUUAGGUUUUCAAUAUGGUUGUUUGUCCCCCAGGUGGUGUUAUGUAAUUUUUGAAUAGCACUUUUAGCAUCUGAAAAAAUUAUUGCUUCUUUAAUAUUUUUUUCAAUACAAACAGAUACUGCCUUGUUAAUUGCAAUAAUUUCUGCAGUGCAUAUUUGAGUGUGCUCAUGUAAUCUGGAUGCAUAGUUAUAAUUUAUUGAAGGUAUGUAUACCCCAAAACCUACUGUCCUCGACUCGGGAUCUAAAGAACCAUCUGUAAAUACCCAUGUAUAUUUUCCAUAUGAAGCUGAAAAUUCAUUAAGAAAUUCCUGAUGAGUAUAGGUUUCCAUUUUUUUGUGGGUUGAGAAAAUUGUCUGAAAUGUUCCCGUAAGAUAAUUCAGUUAGAUCUGAAAGCAGGAUUUAAUGUUCUCUUUAUAUAGAUUAAUGAGGUAUUUGUCAAAAUUAUUUUUGAUUUCAAUCAGAUAUGGUGGCUCUUGUGAUUUCCAAAAUCCUAUUUUAUAAUUUACUUUGGUUUCCAACUCUGACAUGUUUAUAUUUAUAUUCCCAACUCUGUCAACUCUCUAUGUUUAUAUACAUUUUCUGACCUUUUAAACGUCAUUAGAAAUUUAUAGGUUAUUCAAUGACAUCUGAAAUAUUCUCCAAUUUAAUACUUCUUCUUUUACGUCAAGGGACUUUUUCUUUGUAGGUUCAAUCUGUUUACUUCUCGGCAUAAAAGUAAACAGUGCAAAAAGUGAAGGGUCCGGAACUACUACUGCUACCGGUACUACUACUACUCAAUGUGGCCGUGUGUUUAGUAACAUGGCGGUUACUGUAUAUUCAUUACUGUGCUUAGAACAUAAUGGUUCCUACACGGGUAAAAAUUUUCUGACGCCUAGUACAUCUAAUCUUGAUUUAUAAAUCGGAAAUAAAAAUCAUGAACACUCAUUCUGAAAACCUAAGUUGAUGCCUACAUUGCGAUGUUUAUAUUUAUUAUAACAAUGUUAAAUGUAUUUUUACUGACGUUCAGUAGAUGGAAAAAUUAAUUUAUAUUGAGUGCAAAUCACUUUUUUAUAUCUAACAAAGUUAUUAAUAUUUGGAAAUAUUUAAAAAAAAAUGUGACAAUUAAACAUUCUUGUCCCAGAAGAUACAGACUUCGGUCUUAACGACUACAGGGGAUUUUACUUUCUAAAUUGAAAAAAAUACAAUUUUUACAUAUUUUUAAAGAAAAAACUCUUAUAUUUAUACAGUAGACUCUCUCUAUAACGAACACGGUUAUUACGAGAUUUCGCUUAUAACGAGGUACACUAGAUGUCCCAUGAAAUUCCUAUUGAACUGUAACACCUCUAAAACGAGGUAUAUUGGUUAUAACGAGGAAAAAUGCAAUCAUAUAAUAUGUAUCUUUACCUGUUUUUAGCGCUGUAAUGGCUAUAAAUAAAUACCCCAACUGACUGUGUCGACACAUCUGUGUUAUCGAGGAUAGUGCUGUAAUAAAAUCCACCACCGAAUAAACCUCUUCCUGUUCUGUUUAUCUAUGGACCGAAUUGAAUAUUUUAAGAAAAUUUACAAUUUAUUAUGGCGAAUUAACAAUUUUUUAUCUUAUAUUGCUCCGAAUGGCUUCACUAUAGGAAGUUAAUGUUUUAGAAAACUAUAUAUUCAUAUGUAUGCACAAUAUUAUUGUUGCCUGAUAUAACGAGAUCCGCUUAUAACGAGGUAAUUAGUCCGCCAUUUCAGUUCUCGUUAUUGAGGGAGUCUACUGUAAUAAUUUUUUAUACGGUGAUAAGAUAGUUUCGAGGUAUCCAAAAAAAUGUCAUGAUUUAUCAAUACCCAUAAAAAACAGGUUACUACGAUGUUAUGCCUUUCCUAUACUGUUGUACGGAAUUGAGUCGUGGACUCUCACAGACGCCACCUGUGGCUCUCUCAUUUUAAAUAAUAUAGAACAAGUGAUCCCUUUAUAAUUUUUAUAACCAACUGCAACUACAAACGCUUUUUUUUAAUUGAGAAAGUAAAAGUCUCCUUAAGUUUAUUAUGUAUUUAUAACAUUAUUUUAGAUCAUUGUGUUCCUUAUUUUCUAUUUUUCAUAUUUUAUGAAAACUAUACGUUUCAUAUUAUAUUACUUUUUGUUAAUAUUUUUGCACAAAUAUGAUAAAAUUUGAUUCGAUAUUUGUAAAAUAUAUAGACUCCAAUUAAUCUGGAGUUUUAGUUAUCUGUUUUUUUUUUAUUAUGUUUGGGGCAAAGCUUUGUCAUUUUUUUAAAAGAAUAUCGACAUUACUUUUGGACUUUGUUUCGGGUUAACUCAGUUUUGUUACCAUCUAUAAAUUGAAAUAAAACAUUUGUCAAAUCA